AUGGCGCGUGUGUUUCGAAGGCCCGCCUCGACUCUUUCCAGGCGCGCUCCGAGUAGAGCUGCGCGGGCGAACAGUCGAAAGCACAGAGUGAUUAUGGAAUCAGUCACGCAGGAGAAGAAGAAGCUUCGGAGUGUUAUAUCUUUUCAAGCUAAAGCACCCCCUGGUUACACUUUCAUCCCCGCAGGCAAUCCUCAACUUACUACUGCAUGCAAGGAAUUAUGCAGGAAGGAUGGCCUCAAAGUCUUCGCCGUCACGACAACCCCGCACAUGAAAACCCAUAAUCUUUCCCAGCAUGUCCACCGCAUUGGGUACCAUUUCCCAAGCGCCGUCGUUGCCGCAGUGUGUACGGACCUGGGCCUAUAUCUGACGGCAACCGGGAAGACAGUCCCCUUUAAUGGUGAUAAUACUGCGGGAAUUCGCAAACGUGCUAAUUCAGAAGUAUCUCAAAUCACGAUCAACACUGAAGCGAGAGACGUCCUGAAAGAUCUCUUCCCCAACAUACCUGCCAAUGAUUUAAACCAGAUCAUCAAAACAGCCUUUCAAAAGGGCCAACGAAAAGUGGGCACAGCGGUUGAGCUACCCUUGGCCCGCCGGGCGCAGUUGGCGGUGGUUGCCCACAUUCGACACGUUUACACUGAUUACGAUCGUCUUCUGAAGACGACCUCAUUCCACGAGGCUAGAAGCACAGUUGAGGAACCCACCCUCGCAAGAUUGGUUGAAUGGCGGGGAGACGAUGAAAACGGAAAGACAAUCCUCGAAGACGUCUUUCGCGAAGUCAUCGUCAUCUCCGAUGAUGAAGAUAGCGAUGCCGAAGAUGAUGUACCUCCCCCUGUAGAUCGUGACUAUAGUGUGGAGGUUGUCUCAAGCAACCCACGAGUUGACGAGCUGCAGACAAAGCCGGUGAAUUAUGCGAACCCGGUUCUCCAAGAGUCUCACCUAGAUCUAUCAGACGAUGAUGCCCCACCAGGUUUUCGAUUUAUUCCGGGAAUCCCAAGGGAGAAAAGGAUUGAUCGCCGCGGUUUCAGCAGGUAUCAAGCUUGGGACCGUGCCAUGAACCGAUACCGGAACACCGCAAAUAGGGUUGACGUGACUGGCCACGGUCGGUUGAAUGAUGGUUCUGCCGACAAAUCGGAUCCCCAUUGCGCUGUACGACAGCCCCUAUUGGAAAGUAACCACCAUGAACUGGAAUCUGCUCCAUAUCGAACUCUCGGUCCUCGCGGCAGACCUGUUACACCUAACCAGAGACCUAGGAAUAACGGAAGCAACAACUUAGGUCCUAUUCCCGCCUUAGACCGUCGCGUAAGUCCCCAGAGCUCACCGGCAAAUCGAAUGAUGCAACUUCAUCCGAUGAAAAGCGCUGAAACCGACAACUUGCUGACUUUUCCCGAGCCGUAUGAGCUAUACUCUAUGGCCAAAUCAUCUCGCCAGACCCUGCUUGCACCAAUGUCUGGCGGUGGCUCCACGGAACACGGCCCUAAAGUCCACCAUGAAAAGGGUUUGUUUCAUCGGAACGGCUUGCCCAACGCCCCUGUAUUUGUUAGUGGCCCUAGGGAAUUUCGUGACCAGCCCAUGGAUCGACCUGGGUCCCCUAAAAUAUCAGGCCCUUUACCACCAGGCCAGCCCAAUUUGAACCCACAGGAUCGAGCAUUACCUUCAAUCGAGACUCCUCCGCCUACUUAUACUAGGCGCCCUGAUAGUGGUCCCUUGGACCACCUAGCCCAAAGGAUGUCGGGAGGGUUUUCAAUCCGCUCAGUCACACCGCAUCGUCUGCCCCAAAGGAAAAGUCCACAGCACGCUUUCGAAGACAACAUAAGAGGUCAGGCCCCUAAGAGAAGGCGUGUGGCCUGUUACGACCAUAGCAGGCCACUUGGGUCUCGCUCGGACAUGGACUUUUGCCCAGCGGUAGAACUCAACCCAGGAGAACGGCACAUCCCCCCAGCAUACCUGCCAGCUGAACAUAUGUCCACCCAGGAUGAACCGCAUCUCCGUAGGAGAUAUGCCCUUCCAACUAGUCCACGCUAUUUUGCAAAUCCUCACCCUGAGUCCUUGCAGGACCCAUUAUCUGAUGUAUCCCGGGUCAAUGCCGACCUGGGGAUUGUUAUGCACCAGAGGCGUUCAGAAGGCCUUGAACGCCACCCAGUCUCUCGUGGCCGCCUGCCUGCGGUGCGCGAGGUCGUGGAACAAUCUCAUGGUUUUGGAGAGACGGGGCCAGUUUUACAUGCGGGGCAAGGCAACCAGAGGUUUAUUCCUGUUCGGCCUUCAGGUCUAGGAGAAAAACGCAUCUAUAACCUUGAGUAUCACUAUGAUGUUGACGGCAUGCGACCAUCCGAUCUGCCAAGGCCCCAUGAACCCGGUUUCCGAACCAAAACUGACCACCCUGCAUUGCAUGCAGCCCCUCACAGAAGACAUUAUGCUGAUGACUUUGUUCGUACUAUUGAUUUGCAUGACCCUGUUCCAUUGGAAUACACACCGCAUCGUCCGCAUCGGACCGCCAAUCCAGUAGUAGUCCCGUCUCAGCCUACCCUUGCCCGAUCUGAUGAGGAUCAAUACGGGUCUCAUCCUCAUGGUAACAUGGCUACAAGGCUAGCUGGUCAAAUACGUUCCGAACAUCUAUUGAAUUUAGGGGGAGUCCAUGGCCAUGCUGUGGUGGAAGACGACAGUCCAAGGUACCAUAGCAGCAGACCAAUUGAACCCCAAACUGCAGCAACACGUUAUUACGAUGGAGGACCUGCAGGCAAUCUCAAUCAUCGGUAUGGCUCCGAUCAUGUCUCUGGCUUGAUACCCGAGCUACAGAGUCACGCGGCCUUCCCAACCCUUCCCCUCCCCCUCAAGCCCCUCAUGUCGCGAGACUGUAGGAGCUGA